UUCUACGAGAGGAGAGCCUCUUGAUCAUCGCAACAAUCGUCACAUUUCUCAUAUACUGUCGAAAUUGACUGCAAUCUCUAUUUGUGUCGGUAUAGGCCGACUGAAACACCGAAGAACGAAUGUUUCCUCAUAAAAUUACGUCGGAACAUUCGCCGCCGAGUGACGGAAGAAGAGCGAAUCAGUCCGACCCGGAUUAUUGUUGAUAGCUAGCAAGCUAGCUGACCAGCUAGCUGGCGAGCCAAUUGAGUUCUGCGAGAGAGAAGAAAGGGGGAGCUAGAGAUACGAACACGGACACAAACCAAGCUAAAACAUUCCCCUCCCUUUGAGCGCAACAUCCGAAGAUUGUAAGACUUUUCUCUGAAAUGUCAAAGGGUCCAACUGAGACUGAACUGAGUUCUUCAGAAAGGUGUCAGGAGAUGUGAGGACGAGUGUGUCGCCCAUCAACCCCCCUGAUCUACCUGUGCAUUGACACACUCCCCAACCCUCACCUUCAGCAUGAAUGGGGAUAUGCCUCAUGUUCCCAUCACCACUCUUGCUGGGAUCGCUAGCCUCACUGACUUGUUGAACCAGCUGCCCCUGCCCUCCCCUCUCCCAGCCACCACCACUAAGAGCCUACUAUACAAUGGGAGGAUAGCAGAAGACGUCACCUGCCUACUGGCCUGUCGGGAUGAGAAUCUGGCCUCCCAGCUAGCCCACGGCCUCAACCAGGUCUCCACAGAGCACAUAGAGCUAAAGGACAACCUGGGUAGUGAUGAGCCAGAGGGUGACGCACCACUGCUGCUGCAGACCAUGUUGGCCAGGAACCCCGGCAUCUUCAGGGAGAAAACAGAUGUCAUGCAGCAGCCCAUGGUACCACAGUACAAAAUUACCCAGAAUUCCAUGCAUAGCCCAGCCCAGUCUGGGAACUUCCAGCAGACAGCCAUUUCUCCCAACCCAUCAAGUCGUUUUGUGUCACCUCAGACUGGUUCCAGUAGCCGAUACAUGGGCCAGCAGAAUAGUCCAGUGCCCAGCCCCUACACUCCUCAGAGCCCAGCCACUGGCUACAUGCAACAGUAUCCCCACCAACAACCACCCAGCUAUAAUCAGCACCAACAGAUACAGCAAGUAUCUGUGGCCAGCCCAAUGGUUCCAGGUGGCAUAAGGAACAUCCAUGAGGGCAAGGUGUCUGGUCAGAUGGCUAAUGCUGCAAAUCACCACCCAGAUAGACACAGCACUGAAGACUACCUGAACAUUGUACAUCGUCUGGGCAAUGAGGAGGGAGACUCAGCCAUGAGGAAUGCCUCGUUCCCUCUAAGGUCUCCUCAGUCCGGUUGCUCCCCAGCGGGAAGCGAAGGGACACCCAAAUCGGGCUCUCGUCCACCACUGAUCCUUCAGUCACCCCCUCCUUAUGCGGCUUCACCAAGGGAAGGAGGACCAGACCAGAAACAGCAGCUCCAGCAGAGAAAGAAAGGCCCUGCAGUGAAAGAGGAGAAAGAUAUGUAUGACAUUGUCAGCUCUCCAAACAAAGACUCCACCAAACUCACUCUCAAACUGUCUAGGGUCAAGUCGAACGAGUCUGACCCUCCAAGUGAUGUUUUGCCUGGCAUGGACCAGAAUUCUGACAAUAUGGAGGCAGAAUUGGGCUUCCAACAGGUGCCUGUUCUCCAGCAGAAUCUGGGUGCCCGCCAGCAGCAGCAGGUUGUCUCCCAGCAGACAGGGGGCUCUAGCAGCCUCCAGCCUCCUUCUUCCCCUUAUGAUGAGGCAGAGCUGGAUGCCUUGGCUGAGAUAGAAAGGAUAGAGCGAGAAACAGCCAGUGAGAAGUGCUCCAAGGAGGUGCAAGAUAAAGACAAACCAUUAAAAAAGAGAAAGCAGGACUCUUUCCCCUUGGAGCCAGGUGCAGGUGGCCCAGGUGGCCCCACGGGAGCCCCAGGAAGCGGGUCAGCAGGAGGUGGCAAUGCUGGCAAGCUGACCCCACAAGAGGCCACUGCAGCUGGGAAUGGAGCCAGUCGCCCUCCCCUCAUGGUGAGCAUCGACCUCCAGCAGGCAGGCAGAGCUGACGGCCAGUUAGACCCCUGUUUGGCUGCCCCUAUCCCAGCACUUGAGGCCCAGCGUUGGCCCGAAGAGCCAGCUAGUGGACCUGCUGCGGCAGAAGGUUCUGACACUGUUUUGCGCUUGAAACCAGACGAGCGACCAGAAGUAAUAAAGAAUCGAGUUGAUAAACAUGAUGGCAGGCGAGAAGGCCGGGAGUCAUCAAAACACCGACAUGAUGGGAAGCCAUCUUCUGACAGACGGGGAGACACACCAAAGUCGUCAAACCGUGGGGAACAUGGACGAGACAGGGAUCGAGAGGCUGACCGUGAGAGGAGACAUCGGAGUGAGACUGGUGGAGAUGGUCGGGAAAGGCGCUCACCUGAGGCACGCCACCGAAGUGACAGAGACAGGUCUGGGUUCCGAUCUACUUCUACUGGAGAACCUGGUCGUAGUGGCAGCAGGCAAGAUGGGUCCAAACCAACCUCCUCCAGUUCUGGUUCAAAGUUUCCUGACUCCUUUCCUGCUCAGCUUCUGGGAGGGCAGAGCGGCGCACUGAAGAACUUCCAAAUCCCUAAGCUGAAACGUGACAAAGAUGGCAGCGGGUCAACAGAGGUGCAGGUAUGGGGCCAGCCUAAGGUUAAACUGGAGAGGCUGGGUUUGGUUCAGGACUUUGAGAAGAGAACCAAACCUGUGGUGGUGUUGAAGAAGCUUUCCAUUGACCAAGUCCAGAGGAUCAUCCGGCACAGCAAAUCUGGCAAGAAUAGGUUCUCAUCUGGGAAAUCUGGCAAAAGUGGUAUGGACCCAGCUGUCCUGAAGGAGCUGCCCCCAGAGCUGCUGGCAGAGAUAGAGUCUACCAUGCCACUAUGUGAAAGGGUAAAGAUGAACAAGAGGAAACGAAGCACUGUUAAUGAGCGGCCCAAGUAUGCUGAGGUCAGCUCUGAUGAUGACUUCGACGCUAAUGGAGAAUCUGUGAGGAAGCGGCAGCGUCGAGACAAAGGGGACAAGGCCUGGGAGCAUGAAGAGAGGGAACGCCGGGGCUCAGGGGAGCAUCGGAGGAGUGGGGGCCACCGAGACAGCAGGCGAGGCUCAGGAAGUCGCUACCGAGACUCUUCUGAGGAGGAUUCACCCCCACCUAGCAUGAGCGAAGUUGCCAGAAAGAUGAAGAUGAAGGAGAAACAAAAGAAGAGGAAAGCAUAUGAACCUAAGCUGACUCAUGAAGAGCUAAUGGACUCGUCAACAUUCAAGAGGUUCUUAGCCAGCAUCGACAACAUACUAGAGAAUCUGGAGGAUGUAGACUUCACUGCCACAGAUGAUGACGAGAUCCCUCAGGAAUUAUUACUGGGCAAACACCAGCUCAAUGAGCUGGGCAGCGAGUCGGCCAAGAUCAAGGCCAUGGGCAUAUCAAGCAGGAUUCCAGCAGACAAGCUGGUGAAGCUGCUGAACAUUUUGGAAAAGAAUAUUCAGGAUGGUUCCAGACUCUCCACCCUGAUGAACCAUGACCACGAUGCAGAAGACGAGGAGAGGCUGUGGAGAGACCUGAUUAUGGAGAGAGUCACCAAGUCAGCUGAUGCCUGUCUGACUGCCCUCAACAUCAUGACUUCAACCCACAUGCCUAAGGCUGUCUACAUAGAAGACGUCAUAGAGCGAGUGUUGCAGUACACCAAGUUCCAUCUGCAAAACACACUGUAUCCACAAUACGAUCCUGUUUACAGGGUGGACCCACACGGAGGUGGUAUGUUGAGCUCCAAGGCAAAGCGGGCCAAAUGCUCGACACACAAGCAACGAGUUAUUGUCAUGCUCUACAACAAGGUGUGCGACAUAGUCAGCAACAUUUCGGAGUUGCUUGAGAUCCAGCUGCUCACUGAUACCACCAUCCUCCAGGUUUCCUCCAUGGGAAUCACUCCAUUCUUUGUGGAGAAUGUCAGCGAGCUGCAGCUGUGUGCCAUCAAAUUGGUUACAGCAGUAUUCUCACGCUAUGAGAAGCAUCGGCAGCUGAUCCUAGAGGAGAUCUUCACUUCUCUGGCAAGACUGCCCACCAGCAAACGGUCCCUCAGGAACUUCAGGCUGAACAGCUCAGACCAGGAUGGAGAGCCAAUGUACAUUCAGAUGGUGACAGCCCUGGUGCUGCAGCUCAUCCAGUGUGUGGUCCACCUACCCAGUGACAAGGAUACCUUAGAUGAAUAUGACAGCAAGGUGGAUCAUGAUGUUUUGAUAACCAACUCCUAUGAGACGGCCAUGAGGACAGCACAGAACUUCCUCUCAGUUUUCCUGAAGAAGUGUGGCAGUAAGCAAGGAGAAGAAGACUACCGGCCAUUGUUUGAAAACUUUGUGCAGGACUUGUUGUCUACAGUCAACAAACCAGAGUGGCCUGCCGCAGAGCUGCUGCUCAGUCUACUUGGCAGAUUACUGGUGCACCAGUUCAGUAACAAGCAGACAGAGAUGGCCCUGAGGGUGGCGUCUCUGGACUACCUGGGCACGGUGGCUGCCCGUCUGAGGAAGGACGCUGUCACCAGUAAGAUGGACCAGAGGUCAAUUGACCGUAUUCUGCAGCAGGCCCCAGGUAAUGAUGAGACUCAACAGCUACAGAAGGCUCUCUUGGACUAUUUAGAAGAGAAUGCGGAGACGGACGCCUCACUGGUGUUUGCCAGAAAGUUCUACAUUGCCCAGUGGUUCAGAGAUGCAACCACAGAGGCAGAGAAGUCUAUGCGGAGCCAGAACCAGAAGGACGAGGACUCGUCAGAUGGGCCACACCACGCCAAGGAAAUGGAGACCACUGGUGAAAUCAUGCAGCGUGCAGAGAAGCGCAAGAAGUUCCUCCGCAACAUCAUCAAAACCACCCCGGCUCAGUUUUCCACACUGAAAAUGAACUCUGACACUGUGGACUAUGAGGACUCCUGUCUGAUCGUGCGUUAUUUGGCCUCCAUGAGGCCGUUUGCCCAGAGCUUUGAUAUUUAUUUAACACAGAUCCUACGAGUCCUUGGGGAGAGUGCCAUCGCUGUGCGGACUAAAGCAAUGAAGUGUCUGUCUGAGGUGGUGGCUGUGGACCCCAGUAUACUUGCAAGGUCGGACAUGCAGCGAGGCGUCCAUGGUCGGUUGAUGGACAACUCCACCAGCGUGAGAGAGGCAGCUGUAGAGCUGCUGGGCCGAUUCGUGCUUAGCAGACCCCAACUCACCGAGCAGUACUACGACAUGCUUAUAGAGAGGAUACUGGACACUGGUAUCAGUGUGAGAAAGCGAGUGAUUAAGAUCCUGAGAGACAUUUGCCUGGAGCAGCCAACCUUCAGCAAGAUCACCGAGAUGUGUGUGAGGAUGAUCCGCAGGGUCAAUGAUGAGGAGGGCAUUAAGAAACUUGUGAAUGAGACAUUCCAGAAACUGUGGUUCACACCAACUCCUGCCCAUGACAAAGACACCAUGACCAGGAAGAUCCUCAACAUCACUGACGUGGUGGCAGCCUGCAGAGACACUGGCUAUGACUGGUUUGAGCAGCUUCUUCAGAAUUUAUUCAAGUCUGAAGAGGAUGCUUCUUAUAAACCUGCCAAUAAGGCUUGUGUUCAACUAGUUGACAAUCUGGUGGAGCACAUUCUGAAAUAUGAGGAGUCCCUUGCAGAGAGCAAGGGUGUAAACACAACACGGCUGGUGGCAUGUAUCACCACCUUGUACCUGUUCAGCAAGAUCAGGGCCCAGCUCAUGGUCAAACAUGCCAUGACCAUGCAACCAUACUUGACCACCAAGUGCAAUACUGCCAAUGACUUCAUGGUUAUCUGUAAUGUGGCAAAAAUCUUGGAACUUGUGGUUCCUCUCAUGGAGCAUCCCAGUGAAACCUUUCUGGCCACCAUAGAAGAAGACCUGAUGAAGCUGAUCAUCAAAUAUGGCAUGACAGUUGUCCAGCACUGUGUGAGCUGUCUAGGAGCUGUAGUUAACAAAGUUACCCACAACUACAAAUUUGUAUGGGCUUGCUUCAACAGGUUCUAUGGUGCGCUGAACAAGCUGAAGAUUCAGCAUCAGGAGGAUCCUAACAGCACGACAAUAGUAGCCAACAAGCCCUUCCUGCUGCGAUCGCUUUUCACCGUGGGUGCCCUGGGGCGACACUUUGACUUUGACCUGGAAGAAUUCAAGGGCAGCAACAAGGUUGUGAUCAAGGAGAAGGUGUUGGAGCUGCUCCUCUACUUCACUAAACAUGAAGAUGAGGAGGUGAAGACCAAAGCCAUCAUUGGUUUAGGCUUCCUUGUGAUCAUGCAUCCCAGCCAGAUGUUUGUGCCUGAAGUGAAGUCCUUGUACAAUGGCAUCUUGGCUGACAGCGGCUCGUCUAUCAACCUCAAGAUCCAGAUCCUCAAAAACCUCCAGACUUACCUUCAGGAGGAGGAUACACGGAUGCAGGAAGCUGACAGAGAAUGGAACAAGCUGUCAAAGCAAGAAGAUCUGAAGGAGAUGGGGGACAUCUCCUCGGGGAUGAGUAGCUCCAUUAUGCAGCUCUAUCUUAAGCAGGUUCUGGAGGCGUUCUUCCACACCCAAUCCAGUGUGCGCCACUUCGCUCUCAACGUCAUCGCUCUCACACUCAACCAGGGUCUUGUCCACCCUGUACAGUGUGUCCCCUACCUGAUCGCUAUGGGAACGGACCCAGAGCCCAGCAUGAGGAACAAAGCCGACCAGCAGCUCGUUGAGAUCGAUAAGAAGUACACCGGAUUCAUCCAUAUGAAGGCAGUAGCUGGGAUGAAGAUGUCUUACCAGGUGCAGCAGGCCAUUGCUUCAUCCCAUAAGACUAUCAUAAGGGGCUUCAGACAGGAUGAGACCCACUCAGCACUCUGCUCCCACCUCUUCACCAUGGUUAGAGGGAACCGGCAGCACCGAAGGGCUUUCCUUAUCUCAUUACUCAAUUUGUUCGAUGACAGUGCCAAGACGGAAGUGAACAUGCUGCUGUAUAUAGCAGACAACCUGGCCUGUUUCCCAUACCAAAGCCAGGAGGAGCCUCUAUUCAUCAUGCACCACAUAGACAUCACUUUGUCUGUGUCUGGCAGCAACUUACUACAAACUUUCAAAGAGCUUCUGCUUAAGGAGCCACGGCGCAAGGUUAAAAAGGUAAAUAAGGAGUGGAAAAAUUCAUCAGAUGGGGAGGAAGAGGACGAGAAGAUGAACUGCGACUCUCCCGGGAGUAACGAAGAAGAAAACACCAACAGUGAUGAUGACGAAGAAGUAGUACGGCGGCCAAAGAAGGCCAAAAAACCUGUUGCAGACUCAGACAGCUCAGAUUCAGACUCGGAUCUGGACAAUUUGGCUGUUGAGGAUGUGGAUAAGUUGAUGAGGCUCCUUCCAGAGAACCCCUCAGGUCUCCUGGAUUUUGCCAAUGCUGUGCAGGGAAUCCUUUUACUACUGGUUCUCAAACAGCAUCUCAAGAACCAGUAUGGAUUCUCGGACAGUAAAAUUCAGAAGUACUCUCCAACAGAGUCAGCCAAGGUGUACGACAAGGCAGUGAACAGAAAAAGCAAUGUUCACUUUCACCCCCGCCAGACCAUUGACUUCAUCUCCAACAACAUGGCUAACGCCACACUCAGCAAUGACGUCAAGCGGCGGAUAGUCAAACAGUACCUUGAUUUCAAGAUUCUAAUGGACCACCUCGACCCAGAUGAGGAAGAUGAGGAGGGAGAAGCGUCUGCCAGUACUAACAUCAGAAACAAAGCCAUAAAUGCCCUGUUGGGAGGCUCUGGCCCCAUUCAUGGACCUAGUCCACGGAAUCAGGCAGGACCAGAGACGGACGAUGAUGAUAGUGACGGUGACGAGAGGAACCCUGGGUCCUCUCGAAGGUCAAAGCGAUCAGGUGACUCCUCAGAUCCAGGCCGUAUGAGUGAGACGGUGGAGGUUAUGGAUGUGAUUGCCCUCUGCUGCCCUAAGUACAAGGACCGGCCACAAAUAGCCAGGGUCAUCCAGAAGACAUCCAAUGGAUACAGUAUCCACUGGAUGGCUGGCUCCUACUCUGGACCCUGGGCAGAGGCCAAAAAACGGGACGGCCGCAAAUUGGUGCCUUGGGUGGACACUAUUAAGGAGUCGGACAUCAUCUACAAGAAGAUUGCCUUGACCAGCAACCACAAACUGAGCAACAAAGUAGUGCAGACUUUACGCUCGCUUUAUGCAGCGCGGGAGGGAGGGGCUAGCUAAUGGCCCCUGUCGGCCUUUUUUUCUUUAUUUUUUUUUUCUUUUUUCUUUUUUUCUUUUUUUUUUUUGUCCCCGCUCCCCUCCCCGUUUCUACUUUAUCAAUCAGACACCUCCUCCUCCCUGCUCCUACUCUCCCUCAACCUGCCACCUCCAACAACACAGCCAAACUUCACUGGAUUCCUCCCCUCCCUCUCCUCAUUUUUGUAAAAAAAAACAAAAAAAAGAGGGCAAGAAUAUUUGACACUACAUACUUUUACAUGCGUUAUUCUUGCGAAAAAUGAAACAAAACGAAAAGACUUAUUAUAUUAGAGACUGCUCUUUUUUUGUUUGUGUACAAGUGCAGAGGAUAGAAUCCAGAAGGCAUUAAAGGAAUAAUUCACCCAAAAUUAUCCCUGAAAAGGCUAUCAGAGAAGAGAACCGGAGGGAAAUGUUUGUCAACAUUGUUGUGGGAGCUCCUUCGCUGUUGUGCAGCAGAUUCUAGUCGCUCAUUUUUACUCCCACUGUAUCAUAGUUUAACAUGACAAAAAACUAAAAUGUUUAUAUCUCUGAAGACAAAAAAGCUGUAAAAAAAAAAAAGAAUAAAACCUUAAGUGAAUGUUGAAAAUUAGUCUUUUUGAUGUUCUUAUUAAAGUGUUUUUUGGAGUUUAUUAUACUACUAGCACCCUGAUGGUUUUUUUUUCCUGUUAGCUUUUAGAUCUUUUGAAAAAAAUAAUUUUUAUUUUUGUCCACUUUUAUUUGUCCAUGCUGUACAAUGGCAGAGUCCUCUGGAUAUAAUUUAUUCUAUUUCGAACUACGCAUGCAGUAUAUGUGGCCUAUUGCAGGAGGAUAUUUUGUAAAUGUAGAUUUUGAUGUAUUAGGUCACCCUAGUAAUAAGAGGAAAGGGGAUCCAUACCCCUUUUGGUGGAACAAAUACUGCAAUAAAUUUUCUACUUCUUUGUCACUUGUC